AUGUGCAAGUUACUGCUAGGAAGCAGAAGUGACAAUACUAUUAAAUCUUAUUUUUAUGCAUUUAGACGUUGGGAACAGUACAUAACUAAGCUAGGUUUUGCUGCUUUGCCAGCCCAAUCUAUUCAUAUCGCACUUUAUUUUACUCAUUUGCUUGAGCAAGGUUCGACUUUUCACCCUAUUGACAAUGCUAAGUACGGGAUUAAAUGGGCACACGAGAUCAAUGGUUUGACCGAUCCUACAGAAAACUCAUUUGUCUCAUUCAUACAAGAAGCCGCAAAACGUACAGCUUACAAAACAGUUACUAAAAAAGAACCGGUUACUACUGAUAUGUUGAUACAACUUUGUGAAAAAUAUUCAGAUUCAGAAGAUUUGUUGAUUGUAAGGGAUUUAACUAUGACUUUAUUAGGGUUUGCAGGUUUUUUAAGAUAUGAUGAAUUAAGCUCUUUACUUUUUAGCAAUGUUAAAGUUAAAGAUGAUUUUCUAGUUUUGUAUUUAAACAAAAGCAAGACUGACCAGUAUAGGCAAGGAAAUGAAGUGUUGAUUUCCAAAGGUUUUUCAGUGGCUUGUCCUUUUAAUAUGUAUUUGAAAUAUGUUCGGUUAGCAGGUUUACAUUCUCUUCGUUCCGGUGGGGCAACGGCAGCCGCAAAUCAUGUUGCUAACGAUAGUAGAUGUUUGAAAAGACACGGGAGAUGGAAAACUGAGAAAAGUAAAGAUAGUUAUAUCGUGGACUCCAUUGAAAAGAGGCUUAAAAUGUCACAAACACUGGGACUGUAACGUCACUUUUUUCCUGAUCCCCCGUUCUUUGUAUUUUUCUAUCGAGCAUGAC